UUUAAAAGGCUGUAUCCUCUUGGCCCUAAGCUUUUGAGAAAGGACUAUGGCCAUUUUUUCGGUCCCCGUCUUUCUUCUCUUCCUCUUAAUCUGAUUAAUUUUAACCACCGUCGUUCCGAUUUAAAAAUCAGAAGGACGGCAAGAUGGCUGAGAUGGGCAAGGGAGUCACUGCAGGGAAAAUAGCCAGCAACAUGCAGAAGAAGCUCACCAGGGCCCAAGAGAAGGUCCUCCAGAAACUUGGCAAAGCGGAUGAAACAAAAGAUGAGCAAUUUGAACAGUGUGUGCAAAACUUUAACAAACAGCUGUCAGAAGGAUCCAAGUUACAGAAAGAUCUCCGGACCUACCUGACUUCAGUUAAAGCAAUGCAUGAAGCCUCCAAGAGACUUACAGAAUGUUUGCAAGAUGUAUAUGAACCUGACUGGCCAGGAAGGGAUGACACUAACAAAAUAGGAGAGAACAAUGACCUGCUUUGGACAGACUUCCAUCAGAAACUGGUAGAUCAGGCACUGCUGACUAUGGACACCUAUCUUGGCCAGUUCCCAGACAUAAAGUCCCGCAUUGCUAAACGGGGAAGAAAACUUGUAGACUAUGACAGUGCCAGGCAUCAUUAUGAAUCUCUUCAAACUGCAAAGAAGAAAGAUGAUGCUAAAAUUGCCAAGGCUGAAGAAGAAUUAGUAAAAGCCCAGAAAGUAUUUGAAGAGAUGAAUAUUGAUCUUCAGGAAGAACUGCCUUCACUAUGGAAUAGUCGUGUUGGUUUCUAUGUCAACACAUUCCAGAGUAUUGCUGGCUUAGAAGAGAAUUUUCAUAAGGAAAUGGGCAAGUUAAACCAAAACCUGAAUGAUGUCCUUGUGACUCUAGAGAAAGAACAUGCAACAAGCACCUAUCCUGUUAAAGCUCAGCCAAGAAAGAAAACUAAACUCUUCUCCAGGCUGAGGAAAAAGAUGAGCAGUGACAGCACAAAAGCAAACAAAACUCCUUCAUCUCCACCUGAUGGGACUCCCAUCACCAGCCCUGAGAUCAAGGUCAUCAACCAUGAACCAGAGCCAUCCACUCUGGAAGCUCCUGGAGGAGGCAUCCCCAAGUCUCCUUCUCAGUUGAGGAAAGGCCCUCCUGUGCCACCACCUCCAAAACUCACUCCAUCCAAGGAGAUGAAGCAGGAGAACAUCAUCAACCUGUUUGAUGACAAUUUUGUCCCAGAGAUCAGUGUGACAACCCCCUCACAGUUUGAUGCCCCUGGGUCUUUCCAGGAGGGAGCCAGCCUAUUGGAUUUUGAUUUUGAUCCCAUUAAACCAGAUAACAACCUUGUAGGGAAGUCUCCCACACCUGCUACUCAGUCUACAGAAGCCACUCCUGCUGAGGCUGAGGGAGCUGGCAAAGGAGGAACAGCUGGAGCUGAAGCAGCUGCUAAACCCGAAACUGAUUCAGGAUCUGCCUCAAGUCCUCUGCCAACUGUAGUUGUGGAGAAUGUCCCUGCCACAGUUAAUGGGACCGAUGAGAAUACAGCCGUCUCUGAGAGGUCUGACAUGCCACCAGGAUUUCUCUUUAAGGUACAAGCCAUGCAUGAUUACGCAGCUACUGACAAUGAUGAAUUGCAGCUGAAGGCUGGAGAUGUGGUCUUGGUGAUUCCAUUUGAAAAUCCAGACGAGCAGGAUGAAGGAUGGCUGCUGGGCGUGAAAGAAUCUGAUUGGCUUCAGCACAAAGCAUUUGACCAAUGCCGGGGAGUUUUCCCAGAGAAUUUCACUGAACGGGUGCAGUGAGGUCUUGCAGCUCCUUAGAUAGCUUCUCUUCAGCAAGAAAGCAAGAGGUGUCUUCUACCCCUCCUCCUGAGGAAGUCUAAAAAAAUUGAAAGAAUUUUUUUUUUUUUUAAAAGCAGCUUAAAGGUUGGCUUCUUCACAGAAAACAAUGUUUUUAGAAGUCCACUGAAUCAAAGUAUUAUCAAAGAUAGAGAUAAUAAAGAAAGACAGGUUGGGAAAAAUCCUUUUUCUGUUUGAGUUAAAUAAGGUCAAUUCAGAAGGUUGUCAUUGAGUGAUGGAGCAAUGUUGUGUGAAAUAGGAUGUGCUCAGCAUUGUAAGCUGUGAAUCCUAGCAGUCCUGUUCUCCUGAAACUACACAAUAAAGUUUUAUCUUGUGGGAAGGCACGGUC